UUCUCCAUAGUAACACCGGAGUCGAACACCAGAACCAGAGGAGCUAAAGGAGCUGAAGGAGUGGCAGCAGUACAGAGUUACAGGAACAAACUUUACCAGACAAGAGAAAAAAACUUUACUAGACAGGAGUUACAACCAGGAGCAACUUUUUCAGACAGGAACAAACUUUACUAGACAGGAGUUACAACCAGGAGCAAACUUUACCAGACAGUAUUUACACCCAGAAUAAACCAGGUCAGGAGGUUCUCCUUCGUCAUGGACAGAAACAGCCACUCUGAGGACUCUCUGUCCACGCUGCUGCUGGAGAACAUCAAGAACAAACUGGUGGACGCCUUCAGAACCUCAGCGGAGAACAGAGACGUUCCUCAGGGUUCCUUCAGACCCGUCAGGAGCCUUCAGGCCAACGAGGAGCUGCGAAGAGCCAAAAUAGACGGAGCUUUGACAUGGUUGAGGUCUGAACUGAUGGAGAUGCGCUCUCAGGACCUGCAGCUCGCUCAGACUCUCCUGGGGCUGAACUCUGAGAUCCAGAAGCUGAGGAGGGAAAGUUGUGGAGGUCUGGAGGUGGAAGGAGAAGAUCAGCAGUGAUGGACCAGCAGGAGGAACCUUCAGAGGGAGGAAGCUUCUUUGGAGGAACCUUCUCUGAAGGACAAGGAGGAGGAACCUUCUCUGGAGGAAGCUUCGGAGGGCGUAACCUUCUCUCGGGGACCAGCAGGAGGAAGUUUCACAUGGAGGAACACUCUCUGGAGGAAAAGCAAGAGGAACCUUUAGACGGACGAACCUUCUCUGGAGGAACCUGGAAAAAUCUCUGAAGAACUGACUGCAGCUGGAACCAUGAAUGUUUCUGUACAUAAAUAAAUAUCUUCUGUCGGUUCAACUAAAAACAGACUCUGAUGGUUGUUUAGAUAUUUUUGCACUGAAGACGAAUUUUGCUGCAGAAACCGAUUUAUUUUCUCAGAUCGGUUAAUAAAUGAGACGAUAUGAAUGCAAAGAUGAAAAUAUAAAUAAAAAUAAUGAAACAGAA